AUGUCUUACCUCAUCGUGCUACUGCUGCUGGCUCCGGCACUAGGUCUAUCGCCCGAGUCGAUAGCCAGCACGCUGGAGCAGCUUAGGGAGGAGCACCAGCUCGAAACUGCGUCUCUCGCCUUCCCGUCCUGCGUCCUUGAAGUGCUCUCGACGAUCAUGCCGCAGUGUCACGGGGGCCAGUCGGCGCUGACGGAGCACGAGAAGCAGGACACCGCGAUCCGGCUCACAAUGUGCAUAUUUGACCGCCGGGACGGCUCCAACGGCUCUAUGUCGCUGCCGGUGGAGUGCUGGAGCCACGAUAACGGCGAGUGUAUGGCAAAACUCGCCUCAAAUCCCGUCUGGUGGACCACUUUCUUUGGCUACCUGAAUUUGGUAGAGCAGCUGUGCCAUUACUACAGCGAGCCGUACGAAACGCAGAGACUGCUCGAGACGUACCGGGACGUUUGGCAAAAGCUCGACGGGCUUGUUGCCGCGCUCGGCCGGGUCGACGACCUCGGAACGGGCGUUCUGGACCGGCUCAGACAGAAUUUGGUAGCAACAUUCGACUCGUUGCAGCUGGAAUUCCGGACGCGGUUUGAGGAGAUGACAAAAACGGCAGAAACUCAGCUGAAUACGGCGUUUGCGUCCGUAGACCUCAAGGUGGACUCGCUGCUCGCAAAUAUGUGCAGAGUGAGCGAGAAUAUGGAGAACAUGCACGUCGAGGCGGUGAAGAUGGCAGAGAAUUUUUUCACAGAGCUCAAUAAAUGGCACGACCGAAGCGUGCAGGAGCUCGCGCAGCGGAUGGAGGCGUUGAACACCGAGCUGCGAAAAAACACCGAGCUGGAAACCGAACGGCUGAUAAGCAGCCUGUCCGCGGAACACGAGAUGAUGGCCCAGCAACAGAGGAAGAUGCACAGCGAGACGGCGACGCGGUUUCGGGAGUGGGAAAAGCGGCUUGAGACGAUGAACCAGUACUUGAGCAGCUCGCUAGCUCGGUUCGAACAGCUGCAGGACGUGAUGGACAGGUUCAAUGUGCUGGGGCAGAUGAGCCGCGUGGUGUACGGGUGUGGUUUACUGGGGGUGCUGGUGGUUGGGUAUUUUGUGAAAUUCGAAAGGCUGCUGGUUAUCGUGUCAUUUGUGGGUGGGGCGUACAUGGGCGCUGGCACUUUGGACUGGCUGGGGUGGUGA